CUGAGGGAUACAGCAAUUUGGUCAAUAUUGUCUUAACAUGCUUCAAAUAAAUCAGCUCUCCAAGAUAAAAUGGCAACCCCAAAAGAGAAAACUCCAAUGUGUCUGGUAAAUGAGUUAGCCCGUUUCAAUAGAGUCCAACCCCAGUAUAAACUUCUGAAUGAAAGAGGGCCUGCUCAUUCAAAGAUGUUCUCAGUGCAGCUGAGUCUUGGUGAGCAGACAUGGGAAUCCGAAGGGAGCAGCAUAAAGAAAGCCCAGCAAGCUGUUGCUAAUAAAGCUUUGACUGAAUCUGCGCUUCCCAAACCGGUUCAGAAACCACCGAAAAGUAAUGUUAAUAAUAAUCCAGGUAUGGCACUGACUCUCUUCCUUCUAUUCUGCUAUUUUCUGUAUGUUUCAUUUAUAGCAGAGAGUGGUUUUACUGAACUAAUACUAAUGUUUUUGUUUUCUUAUUUUAGGUAUCACUGCCCAAUGCCUAAGAUCUUUUACGUCCAGCUGACUGUAGGAAACAAUGAAUUUUUCGGGGAAGGAAAGACCCGACAAGCUGCUAGACACAAUGCUGCAAUGAAAGCUCUGCAAGCCCUGCAGAACGAGCCCAUUCCAGAAAAGUCCCAUCAGAAUGGUGAAUCAGGAAAAGAAAUGGAUGAUGACAAAGAUGCAAAUAAAUCUGAGAUCAGCUUAGUGUUUGAAAUUGCUCUGAAGCGGAAUAUGCCUGUCAGUUUUGAGGUUAUUAAAGAAAGUGGACCACCACAUAUGAAAAGCUUUGUUACUCGUGUGUCAGUGGGAGAGUUUUCUGCAGAAGGAGAGGGAAAUAGCAAAAAACUCUCCAAGAAACGUGCUGCAACUACUGUCUUACAGGAGCUUAAAAAACUUCCACCUCUUCCUGUGGUGGAAAAGCCAAAACUAUUUUUUAAAAAACGCCCUAAAACAAUAGUAAAGGCUGGUCCAGAAUAUGGUCAAGGAAUGAACCCCAUUAGCCGUCUGGCUCAAAUUCAACAGGCCAAAAAGGAAAAAGAGCCAGAUUAUGUUUUGCUUUCAGAAAGAGGAAUGCCUCGACGUCGAGAAUUUGUGAUGCAGGUCAAGGUAGGCAAUGAAGUUGCUACAGGAACAGGACCUAAUAAAAAGAUAGCCAAAAAAAAUGCUGCAGAAGCAAUGCUAUUACAACUGGGUUAUAAAGCAUCUACUAGUCUUCAGGAUCAGCUUGAGAAGACAGGGGAAAACAAAGGCUGGAGUGGUCCAAAGGCUGGGUUUCCUGAACCACCAAAUAAUACUCCAAAAGGAAUUCUUCAUUUGUCUCCUGAUGUUUAUCAAGAGAUGGAAGCCAGCCGCCACAAAGUAAUCUCUGGCACUACUCUAGGCUAUUUGUCACCCAAAGAUAUGAACCAACCUUCAAGCUCUUUCUUCAGUAUAUCUCCAACAUCGAAUAGUUCAGCUACAAUUGCCAGGGAACUUCUUAUGAAUGGAACAUCUCCUACAGCUGAAGCCAUAGGUUUAAAAGGAAGUUCUCCUACUCCCCCUUGUUCUCCAGUACAACCUUCAAAACAACUGGAAUAUUUAGCAAGGAUUCAAGGCUUUCAGGCAGCUUUAAGUGCCUUGAAACAAUUUUCUGAACAAGGACUGGAUCCAAUCGAUGGAGCAAUGAAUAUUGAAAAAAGUUCUCUUGAAAAACAAGCCAAGCAUCUGAGGGAGAAAGUGGAGGAUAACCAGGCGCCCCCGGGCUCCAUCGCUCAGGACUGCAAGAAAUCAAACCCCGUCUAGCAGCUCCCAGAACCCGCCGCUGCCACCGCAUCCUUAUAAACCUGUCAGCACGCAUGAGGGUGUCUGUGUUUAGGGAAAUGAAUGACUAAUACCAUUAUUUGAGUCUUAUGUGAAGACAACACUAUUCUAACACAAGAGAUAAUAUACUUGGUACUGUUUAUUCUACUGGGGGAAAAUAAAACUUUGAGCAUUUCCCUUGGAACUUGAGAUCAGAUCAUAACUCAUUUGCCCCAGAGGCAGCAGAAAUCUGAUCCUGCUACUGGAGCUUAAAAUAACAAGUAAAGUGUUAGAAACAGAGCUAAAAUUUUCAAAUGAUUAAUAGAGAUGUUCGGUUUGGUUCCGUUGUUCUGAUUGUUUUGUCGUGGCGCUUGUGUUCACUUAUACUCUCUCGCUCUCUCUGUCUCUCUCAUUUCCGAUAAUGCUUGACAAUUCGAAAAUUAACCAAUGACGUGCUGUGGAAUGUGAUGGUUGUUGUCUUCAUAUAGAGUCACAUGGUUUCUCUUUUUAUGCAGAUAUUUGUAAUCUUCAUCCUAUAUCAAUAAGAAUAACUUUAAGGUGCGUUAUGGAAAGACGUAUGCAAACAUGUUUUAAAUCAGUUCAGAUAUUUGAUUGAAAAUAUGAACUAAUGUUAGGAGCAAGUAGUUUCAAUAUACUUCAGGAAUUUCAAAACAACACAAAACCAAGCCGUUGUGGGUUGUGAGCUCCAUCUACUCUUAGCAACUAAGGAGGCGUCUUGCCCCCUCACAUCAUUUUCCUGGGUCGCAGUCUCUGUUGUGGGAAUCACAUCCACCCCCAUCCGUGUGUUGUAGCCACUCACGGUUUGCAUCAAGAGUGUUUUUAGUAACUGCCUCUGGUUGGGACAGUGAGUAGGAUCAAAAUAAAUAAUGUCCAUGGCGGGGAAGGGAAAGCCUGUUGGGGCCAUGCUCUGGACCAGCAUGUUGGAAUCCAGCGCGAAGCAAAUGCAGUAAAAAUUUGAUCGGUUUCUGUGUGAA